CUAGCGCCCCUCUUCUUUCGCCCAUUAAAACCCCUAAUUGAAUUUCUAAGAUUAAAAUUAAAUCUUCAAAAUUUUCAUUUCAAUUUUGGGCUCUUUUGGCAUCCAUGAAGGCGUUCGACGUUGGUGGUACCACUCUCUUUCUUGCCCUCUUCUCUGACGUCAACAACUCUAAAGAACUGCUGGAUUUGAUGCAAGCAGGAACAUUGGAACCAGAAAUUGCAUUGCUCAAUGCUUUACUAAUACCUGACGUUUUCCCUGUGCUUGCCGCUGCUCAUAAGACACUUGUAGCUAAAUCGAGAGGGGCACUAACAACAAGGACUCUCCAUUCUGAGCUUGUUUUCAACUACUCAGGCUCUAAACAUAUAUCGGAAUCUUUGAAAAGAUGCGGUAUAUCUGACAGCACAAGUUACAUUCUUGUGGCUCGGUUUGGCGCUUCGGCUGAUGAGGUAACAGCCAUAAAGGAGCUUAUCAAGGGAGCAGAAAUCAAGUUGGAAGAAUUGGAAGGACGAGCAAACCAAGCCCAGAUACAAAAACACUACAAAAUACCCGCCUUGGAGUUGGGAAUAUCUUCACUUUCAGAUGCUAUAACAUGCAGGAUUGCAGCACGAGAUGCCUUGUGAAGGAAAACAGUUCUAUCUCUAUUUUGUUAAUCAAAUGAGUUUCCCCUGUUUGAUGUUUACUUUUCCUGGAGUCUGAGGGAUAUAAUAUGCUAUUUAAAUUAUUCUUCCAAUGUAAUUUUGCCAUGGUAUGGAGGUGAACAUGUUGGAAGUUUGAAAUUGUGUGCCUGCAAAGGGGGAUAAGUUUUGAAACAGAUAACUUUUUGUUGGUUAAACUUGAAUGAAAGUAUCUGUUUGUAAUUUAUAAAUCAA